AUGUUUGAGUUGCUGAUGAACAAGCUGGAAAGCAUACAGCGUGAUAUCCAAGUGCUUCAAGACUCUCAGAAUGGCCUCAAACGGGAUCAGAAGCAGCUGCGCACAACGGUGAUGAGCAAACUGAACGAAAUGCAGCAAAGCGUCACUCUACUGACUCUACUACUAAAUGAAAGUCUACCAACAACGACACCGGCGCUUCGCGAUCUCGCGAGAUUCAAUGCAACAUCGUACCGAUCGUGUGUAGAUGCACCAAUCAAUGCAUCCGGAAAGUAUCUCAUAAGACCGACGGAAUCGGAAAGUGAACCCUUUCUGGCGUAUUGCGAACAGGGUGUGCUCGGUGGUGGUUGGCUUGUGAUACAGCACCGAUUCGAUGGAUCUGUUGAUUUUCUACGCAACUGGAACGAUUACCGGGAAGGAUUCGGUAAGGUGGGGAAAGAGCAUUGGCUCGGAUUGGAGCGGAUACAUCAGCUUACAUCGGCACACCCCUGUGAGCUACUAAUCGAACUAAAAGAUAUUACACAAAAGAAAAUUUAUGCAAGGUACGAUGCGUUCGAAGUUGCUGACGAAGAGGACGAGUAUCAGCUGAAAACCCUUGGCGCGUUCAGUGGACCGAUGAGCGAUUCGUUGAGAUACCACGAGGGUAUGAAAUUCUCAACGUUUGACCGUGAUAACGACGAGCAUCCGAAAGGUAACUGUGCGGUGGACUAUAAAAGUGCCUGGUGGUUUCGUGGAUGCUACCAUUCGAAUCUCAAUGGAAUUUUUAAGAACAAUGGCACACAUUUUCAAACCAUGACUUGGGGUAAUGUUGUAUUUUUCAAUGGCAGAAGUUAUUCCAGAAUGAUGAUUCGACCAUUGAGAUAAAC